AUGAGGGUCCCGCUCAACAGUGGAACAUGGACGGACGAGGAGCACAAAGGAUUUCUCCGCGGUCUCGAGGUGUACGGCCACGGCAACUGGAACGCCAUGGCGGUCUUCGUGCUCUCUCGAAGCCCACCCCAGAUCGAAGCCUACGCUCAAGACUACAUGGCGGAAAAGGAAACUGCCCACGAUCUCCAGCAGGUUGCGCUGGUCUACACUUCGUUCCCCCGUCAAGCUAGCACCUCAGCGUCGAGGCUCUAG